CAAGUUGUCUGUUCCCCUUCCCCCAAUUCCCCAAUAAAAACCUUAAAAAAACAAAAACAAUGAAAGAUAGGACAGUGCUUAUAAAUGAUAUUUAGCUGGCAUUAUUUAUAACAAUGAAAACACUAAGUGUCCAGUCUUAAAGAAUUGGUUAAAUUAUGUUAAUAUUCAUCCACCAGAAUUCCAGUUUGAGAAUACUUAACAAUAUAAUGCUUAUACUAUUGUAUAUCCGUAAGGUACAAAAAAAAUGGCUGGAGGUAAAUAUGCCUAAAUACUGAGUGACUGUUUAUGGUAGUGGGGUUAUAGAUAAUUUCUCUUUUUAUUCUUUAUUUUACAAAUUUGCUAUACUAAGCAUAUACUGUUAUAACUAGAACAACAACAAAAAGUAGCACUUGUGGGGUUAUUUUCUUUGAUUUGUGGACAAAGACUUAUCGACAAGUGCAAAAAAUAAGUCGUCUUUGCAACCCAGAACUCAUUGUUCAGUAUGACUUUGGAUCCAAAUAAGGACCAUGACACCUAAAGCAGAUUAAAAUGAUGGGGGUGUUCAUAUUCAUAGAGGCUGGUUCCAGGACUGGAGAAUUGAGAACUAAAAAGCAUGGGAUAGAGGAGAUAUCUCAGCUACAUUGAUUUAGUAUUCUAAUUUUAAUGUUGACAUAAAAUAAGGAUGGCUUUUUUUGGGAGGGACCCCAAAAAUGCUAUUUGUAACAUAGCCCUCAUUUUCCAUUCUGGAAUACAGUGUUUGGAAAUAUGUUUUUAUCUUGGAAGAUCAUUAUUAACCACAGUGGUUUUUCGGUGGAUAUUGUCAAUGACCAAGGCUUGAAUUUUGUUUAAACCCACAAUAACAUACCACAAAUUCACCAUUUAUGAUUAUGAUUAUUAGUCAUUAAAAAUGACAUUUUUAUGCAUGUUCUUGUCUCUCAAGUUGAAGAAGUAAAUGGAAGCGUAUAUGUUACUGAAGCCAUAGAUGAAAUGGAGAUUACUGUGUAAACUUACUGUUCUCUCUGCGCUCAUGAAUUUGCAGUUCCUCGGUGGGCAGUGCGCUUCCGCGAAGACGCUGCUGUGCGUAUAUCACCAUUGGGAUGAUAUGUGUUUUCAUUGGCGUUGGAUUAACUGUUGGCACCCAAGAUUUUGCAAGGCGAUUUCAUGCAACCUAUGUUUCUUGGGCAAUUGCUUAUCUCUUAGGUUUGAUCUGCCUUAUCCGAGCUUGUUAUUGGGGAGCCAUACGAGUGAGUUACCCAGAACACAGUUUUGCAUAAGCUUGCUUGUGAUUAAGUGAUGCAGGUGAGAGUAUCUAGCAGUUCCUGACAAGCUACUCUGGGCAUCUUUAAAUCGUGUAUCCUUAUGGAUUCCAUUCUGGUUUAUGUAUAAAUUUUCAAGACUUUGGGAGCCUUUUAUGAACAAAUGCUUAUUGCACUACAUUAUAUGCAAAUAAUAGUUUGUUUUGCUGCUAGGUUUUCAAGCUCCAAAUAAUAAAGUGAUGUCUUCAAGUUCUUUUACAUCUCUUAAAGGUAUUUUUGGAUUUGUCACCAAGCAUUAUGUCUAACAUCACUUUUCAUUAUUUUUAAAUCACUUAUUCCAUAACUUGCUGAUCUGUGAGUAUUUCCAAGAAGUGUUUAUAAAUGUUUCUACAAUAGCUUUACAUUUAUACUUACAUUUUAAUUAAACAGUACCAAAAUUGCUUGCUUUAAAAUCUAAGCAAUAUGCAUUUUGCUUGAAGUGCUUCUUGUAACUUUAACCUAAGAUCAUAGUGACCUUAUUCAGGAAAAAAAUUUGAGUGUACCUUGAAAAACUUGACAUUCUUGUCAGAUAAAAACUGUUUCUAGAUACUGUAUGCUUGUUUUUUUUGUUGUUUGUAGAGAGCUACAAUAUUUUGGUAGUAAUUUAAAAUACAAGCCUGGAAAUAUUUAUUUGUCCACAGUUAAAAAUAAUGUUGGAUAAAUGCUUUUUUUCUCAAAGAUCACAGGACUUUUGUCUUCCAUUUUUGUCUGUUUUUUUAUUUACCAAUUAUAAAAGUAUUGGCCUACAUUUAUGAAAUGUAAUGUUAAUUAGCUAUAUGUAUUUCCUUAUAGAGCCUUGAAGAGGUAUUUUACAUCACAUGUUUUAUAAUACUUAACCAUUUAAACAAAGAUAUAUUUACAUUGGGUUACCCUCCUUUUCAUUAAAUCAUGGUCAAUUUUUCUUAUGGGGAUAAUUAUGGACUACUUGUGUGAAGGGAGCCUAUAACAUUUUACAGUAGCUAAAAUGUUGAGAUUAGAGGUAGUUACUCUUACCAUUCUUCUCAAAUAUAUCGGGUCAGAUAAUGACCCAAUUUAUUCAAGAAAAUAGAUCAAAGACAGUAAGCAACAUGGUUUUCAGAGAAUUCACCAGGAUUUAAGGAAUCACCCCUCUCACACUUCCCAUCUUUGCAGUUUUGAAACAGAAAUUGCUUAGUUGAGAAAUAAUGUUCUAAAGCCCUUAAUGUAGAUUUAGAAAAUGAGAUGAUCUGAGGAAAUUAAUUGGCUAUUCCAGGGGUAGGAAUAAGGUUUUAAAAUAUUUAUGUUCCUGAUUAGUAUAAGAAUGUACUCAUAAUAGAGUUUGAAGCAAAAUACGUGCAAACUUCAAAGAGUAAAAUGAUAAAUAUCUCAUUGCGGUAGCUCAGAAUCAUGUGUACUUUUGAAAAUACACUAAUAAAGAUUAUUGUUCAACAAUUACCUUGUUCUAUUCCAUUUUUAAAAAAUAAGAUGUGAUUUCCAAAAUUGCCUUGAGAUUUUGUUCUGAAGUAGUUUUCAUGUUUGAGGACAUAUGUAUUUCUUUAUAUAAUGUUCAUUUAUUUUUCCAGUAUUUUCAUUUUAAAAAUAUAGAUUUUUAUAUCCAUUUGUAAUAUGCCUGAUGUAUUGUAUGAAAUAAGAGUCUAAUUUAUUUCUUUUCUUAACAGUUAACUAGUUGUAAUCCCACAUUAAGUCAUAGGCUGCAUGGUUAUAUUCCUUUGAAAUACAACUCGGUGACAGCAGGAACCUUGGUGACCUUGCUCACUGCUUUGUCUCCAGCAUUUAGAGCAGUGCCUAAUGUGUAUGUGCUCAGUGAACAUCUGCUAAACGAAUGAAUAAAUGAGUGGAUGAAUUGGUUUGUUAAAAUUCUUUUAUCCCCUUGGGUUUGGAAUCUUAUUUUGCUACAGAGUGUACAGGUAAAUAUUUAUAUACUUUUUUGUUAAGGAAAAACUUCCCAAAUAAAACCCUAAAGCAGAAAUCAAAUAGGAAAGGAUCGAUAGAUUGUAUGAUUAAAAGAAUAAAACACUUUUGUAUGAAAAAAAACUACAAGAAGAGCCAAAAGACAAACUGGUGAAGAUAUUUUCACCAUAUUAGAAAGAGUUAAUCUUUUUAAUAUGGGAAGGGACUAAUGGCUUGAAAAAUCGAUUCACAAAAUAAAUGUAAGUAAUAAAAAGGAACUUUUUUUCAAUUUACUAAUAAUCAAAGAAUGUAAGUUAAAACAGAUACUAUUUUUUUUACCUACCAUAUUAACAAAGAAUGCAAGUGUGAUUAUAUCCCUGUAAUGUUUAGGAUAUGAGGCAGUACACACACAUACGUAUUCUUUGACAUAGUAAUUCUGUCUCUAGGAAUUUUUCUUAAAGGUGUUAUGGAUAAGAGAACAAAUAUGGAUGGGCAGUGAUGUUGAUUAUAUAUUUGUUUAUAAUAGGAAAUAAAAACAAGAAAAAGUCCAAAAAUUCAAUAAUAUUGGAUAGGUGAAAUAAAUAAUGGUAUAAUCAGAGUAUGAAAUAAUACGCAAUCAUUUAAAAUAUUGUAUUUCUCACCUGUUGAAUUGAAAAUGGUUCACAAAAUAUUGUGUGGCAAUCAGAUUACAAAUCAAUUACGUGGAGUAUGAUCCAUUUUCUGAAAAUGAUUUUAUGUGUAUGUGUUGAAAAGAAAUAAGGAAAAUUGAACACUACAAUGUUAGGAGUGGUUAUCUCUGGGUGAUAAAAGACAAAUGACUUUUUAAAAACUUUUAUAGGCACACCUUGGACAUGUUGCGGGUUUGGUUCCGGACCACUGCAAUAAAGUGAAUAUCGCCAUACAUAUGGAACCUCAAGGUCUUUGUGAUCAUGGAAACCAAAAAAUUGAUUGGCAAACCGCUUCAACCAGCAAGACCUGUUCGCCAUCUGACUUCUCCCCCUGGAGCAGUAUUCCCUUUUGACUUUCAAAGUGAAUAUCCGUGCAAUGCUCAGUACUUACAAAGUGGAGUUAGCAGAUGUAAGUCGAAUGGAAUGCAAACCUUUGCUCAAGGUCUUAAUGACCAACAACAACAUCAGUCUUCAGUUAAAAAAGAGAGAAUUAAAUACAGCAGAGAUUUCCUGUUGAAGCUAUCAAGUGUUUCCAUCUGUAGAAAAAAACCAGACUUUCUUCCUGAUCAUCCCAUUGUACUUCAAAAACCAGUAAGUAGGUUUCUCAUUCUGCAUUAUUUUAAUUCGAAAAAGUUUGUGUUUAAUAUUUACAUUUGAUUCUCUACAUUUUUAUGAGACUGAUUCUCUAGAUUUUUAAUUGUUCUCAUUGUGAAAUAUAAUUCAAAAAGAUACAUAAAUCUAAAUAUAUAAUGUAACCAAUUACUGUUAAGUAACCAAACUUGCCAAGAAAUAGAAUGGAAUAGUUGGUAUUUCAGGAAAUAACGCUCCAUUGAAAGGUCAUGAAAAGAGCAUGCCAUAUUUUCUUCUCUAAAACCUCCAGUUUACAGUUAAGUACUGUAUUCUACCUGGAAUUGAUUUUGCUGUAUAAUAUGAGGUGGAAGUGUUUGUUUUUUCUUCCUCUACAAGGAUCUCCUGACAUCCUAGCAAUAUUUAUUGAAAGGGUAAGUCCUCUGCCACCUUGUGGUAAUAUAUGUGCUGUGUUUCUGUGCCCUCUGUUCUGUUCAUUUGUCUUUUUAAAUUGUAAAAAAAAAAAAAAAAAAUCAACCCAUUUUCUUCUUCAGCAUGUCUUUGCUGUUCUCAGCCUUUUAUAUUUAUAGUUCUGUCACCUCAACAGAUUCCAUCAAAAUAAAUACAUGUCUUUUAGGGUACUGCCAGGAAGGACACGAGUUUUGGAAUCAGGCUUGGGUUACUCCUGUAUACUGGUGUGGUGUCCUGUUCAAACUUAAGUCACUUAACCUUCCUCAGCCUCUGUUUGAUCUCCACUUGUUAGGAUGAAAUCCUAACAAUGAUGUCUGAAAAGUGCUUAGUAUGGUACUCCUCUCAUUACAUACUUGGUAAAUGUUCAUUUUCAUCUUUUAUGGUCUUUCCUUCCAUUUUGACUGGAAUGUGACUGUUAUUUAGAGUUUUCGUAAGCACUGUAUUGGUUAAAACAACAACAACAAACAACAACUAGAAUACUAUCAAAAUGAGCUGAGAUUGCUUCCAACUCAGACAGACUAUCUCCAGGGUCUGCAUUUCGGGGACUUUUAACUCUUUUGACUUCAUGGCCUCUUUUUCUUCAAUUACAAUUUUUUGAAUUUUUGGGUUUUAACAUGCUCAUAGUAAGUAUUUCUUAAUUUAUCCGUAACUUGCAGUCCUCCAGCCAAUUCUUUUUAAAAUUAAAGCAGUCUUGUCCCAUCUAUUCAGAGAUCCUAGGAACAUACAUGAUCCUUGGUCUGUAAGAACAAAUCUUGAACUUCAGGGCUAUAUAAAACACUCUUUUAGUUUCAGGCUUUCCGUCUCUAACAGUUUAUUUUGUACAUAAGUUUGACAUACUCAUUAUUUUGAACAAACCUCAUACAUUAGAAUUGAGUUAAAAUUUGACUUAUGCAUUAAUAACAUUUAGAAAAAAUUAGGUACCACAAAAACAGAACAGGUUUGGAAUACAAUCUAAUCUAUUUAAAAAUGAAUGAUAUAUGUUUUAUUACACGGACUUGUUUUAUUUGACAAAAUCCAGUUACUUUAAUAGCUCCUAUAGUAUCAUGCGUUUCAGCCUGUAAAUACUUAGUAGGGUCACAGUAUUUGGCUUCAUAAAUGAAAUAAUAAAACUGUGUUCAAUCUAUUAAGCUAACUUUUUCUUCUAUAUUACAGGAAAACAACCACAGUUUUAAGUAGCAUUUUAAGAACAGAUGAAGAUAAAGAAUUGUUUUAUAUUUUGGACAUCUACAAAUGAAGUGGAUAUAGUAACAAUAACUGUAAUGGACUAUGACAAUUCAAUUUAUUUUUAAUUUUGAUGGAUAUUUGGUUUAUCUUAAAAUGAAAAAAAUAUUUUAAACUAUAAAGAAUUUUCUAAUCAGUUUCAGCUUUGCAGGCAGUUUCUUGCACAAAUUGGGAAGGAACACUUGAGCUUAGUGAAAUAGAAAGACUUGAUAAUUUUGCGUGCUACUUGCAAUUUUUUUUGUUUUUCAUCACUUGUAAUAAUGGAAAUGGAAGCUGUAAAGAGUCUCAAAUAUAAAAGUAUUUGCUGCAUUGUA